AACAAGAAAUUCAUCAAAAGCCAUGGAAAAUUUUGGUCUACACAUGCUUGUUGGCAGAUGGUUUAUGUUUUUUGCUUCAAUUUUAAUCUUGUCUGUUGCUGGUGGCACAUAUAUAUUUGGUCUCUACUCAGAAGAAGUAAAAAUUUCACUAGGUUAUGAUCAAACAACCUUAAACUUACUUGGUUUUUUCAAAGAUUUAGGUGCAAAUGUUGGGAUUAUUUCUGGUUUAAUCAAUGAAGUUACUCCACCAUGGGUUGUUAUUCUUCUUGGUGCAUUUAUGAAUUUUUUUGGGUAUUUUUCUAUUUGGCUUGCUGUUACUAAGAAAUUUAGUAACCCCAAAGUUUGGGAGAUGUGUUUUUGUAUUUUCAUUGGGGCAAAUUCACAAACAUUUGUUAACACUGGUGUUAUUGUGACUUGUGUUAAGAAUUUCCCAGAAAGUAGGGGUAUUGUGAUUGGGCUUUUAAAGGGUUUUGUUGGUUUAAGUGGUGCUAUACUUACACAAUUGUAUCAUGCCUUUUAUGGGAAUGAUGGCAAAUCUUUAAUCUUGCUUAUUGCUUGGCUUCCUACUGUUGUUUCUUGUGUUUUACUGAGAGUUAUUCGGACUAUGAAGGUUAACAAGCAAGAAAAUGAGAUUAGGAUUUUUUAUCAGCUUUUGUUUAUGUCAUUUGGUUUAGCUGGUUUUCUUAUGGCUAUAAUUGUAGUGGAAAACAGAGUUGAGUUUGGCGCUAUUGGUUAUUGGUUAACUGCUGGUACUAUUCUUGUUUUGUUAUGUGCUCCUAUAGUUCUUGUUGUUAGAGAGGAGUUGAACUUAUGGGACGUUAAGAAGCGAAGUUUGAGUCAUACUGUAGAGAUUAAGGUUGAUGAAAUUGAGAGACCACUUCAGUGUUCAGCAUCUGUUGUUCCGAUUAACGAUCAGAAAGAACAUGUUUCGUUCUUUCAAGAUGUGUUUAAGCCACCAGAGAGGGGUGAAGACUAUACUAUACUGCAAGCGGUUCUUAGUGUUGAUAUGUUGAUUCUGUUUAUUGCUACGAUUUUUGGAGCAGGGGGGCUUUUGACAGCUAUGGAUAAUUUAGGCCAGAUUGGUAAAGCUUUAGGUUAUCCUAAAACAAGUAUUACUACAUUUGUGUCACUUGUGAGUAUAUGGGGUUAUCUUGGGCGUGUAGGUUCUGGAUUCGCGUCUGAGAUCUUCUUGGAGAAGUAUAAGUUUCCGCGUCCCUUGAUGUUGACAAUAGUGCUGUUUUUUUCCUGCCUGGUUCAUGUUUUGAUUGCGCUUGGCGUGCCUAACACUCUGUAUGUCGCGUCUGUGCUGAUUGGGUUGUGUUUUGGUGCUUUAUGGCCUUUGAUAUUCGCGAUCAUAUCUGAAAUCUUUGGGCUUAAGCAUUACUCCACAUUGCUCAACUUUGGGGGUGCUGCUAGCCCUAUCGGAGCUUACAUAUUCAACGUUAAAGUAGCUGGUAAUUUGUAUGACAGAGAAGCAAUGAAGCAAAUGGCAGCUCAUGGGAUCAUUAGGAAGUGCGGUGAAGACUUGACUUGCACUGGAGUUGAGUGUUAUAAGUUGGCUUUCUUGAUAAUUGCAGCAUCUACUUUUGUAGGGUUCAUUGUUUCAUUGGUUUUAGUAAUCAGAACAUUCAAGUUUUACAAAGGGGAUAUUUACAAGAAGUUCAGAGAACAAACGAAAGCCGUCGAUGCUGCUGAGUCUUAGUCCAGAACAAAUGGUGAUGCUCCAUUAUAGUGUGUUAUUCAUUCUGAUAUGUGAUUAUAGUUUUGACAUUUUGUGCUUAUGGCUGAUAUCAGUAUGCACAAGGAGUUGAAAGUGUAUACAAGAUUUACAAGUUGAAUUUUAUCUAUGUAAUGGAAGAUUUGUU